AUGAGCGCCCAACUCAUACUGGCCGCCGCAGCCUUUGCGUUGCUGGCCCAGAUCCUUUACUCCUUUGUUCGAUGGAUUCGUUCCCCCUUGCGAUCAGUACCCGGCCCGUCGCUGGCUCGCUUCACCGACUUUUGGUACUUCCACCAUGUCAAACAAGGAGACUUUGAAAAGGUCAACCAGAAGCUACACGAACAAUACGGCCCCAUCGUCCGCUAUGGCCCGAACCGAUACAGCAUCAACGAUGCGGAAGCCACCAAGACGGUCUACGGCCACGGCACAGAUUUCCAAAAGUCGGAGUGGUACUCUUCGUUCCAGCCCAACGACGACCUGUGGAAUCUCUUCUCGGAGCGCUCGGCCAAGCGUCACGCGCGCAACAGACGGUUCUACACAAACGCGUACUCCAUGACGUCCCUCGUCAACUACGAGCCGUACGUGGACGAGUGCGGCGCCCUGUUUGCGCAGCGGCUGUCCGAGUUCGCAAAGGUCGGGGCGAUGAUGGACAUUGGCCACUGGUUCCAGUGCUUCGCGUUCGACGCCAUCGCGCUCAUGACGUACGGAAAACGUCUCGGGUUCCUGGACCGCGGCGAAGACGUUGCUCAAGUCAUUCACCACCUCAACCAGAGCUUGGAUUACAUGAGCUUGGCCGGCAUCUUUCCGUUGGUGCACAAGUACAUCACACCGAUACUGAACAAGGUUCUUCCGAGUCGGAGCAUGGGAGCCAAGGUGCUCUACGUCCUGACGUUUACGGCGAAGACCAUUGAGGAGGAGCAAGCGUCGCCAAAACCGGUCAUCGACGUCAAGGGUGCCGAGGACGGCGCGGCCGUGGGCGAAGCGUUCCUCACAAAGUUCCUGGCCAAGCACUCGAGCAACUCGGACGAGUUCACCAGCUGGCAUCUCCUCAACGGUUGCAUGUCCAACAUGGUCGCCGGGUCCGACACGACCGGCAUCAGCAUCUCGGCCAUUCUCUACCACCUGCUCAAGAACCCCGAAACCAUGACCAAGCUGCAAGAGGAGCUUGACGACUUUACCCGCCGCGGAGAGCUGUCGCCGUCACCGACGUUCAAGGAAAGCCAAAAGUUGCCCUACCUCCAGGCAGUCAUCAAGGAGGCUUUGCGCGUCCAUCCCGCUGCGGGACUGCCCCUGGAACGCAUCGUUCCCAAGGGCGGCGUCACCAUUGGCGGCCGUUUCUUCCCUGAAGGGUCCGUUGUUGGAAUCAACGCCUGGGUCCAGCACAGAAACAAGGUCUUUUACGGAGAGGAUGCCGACAGCUUCAACCCCGACCGUUGGCUGAUUGAAGACGAGGCGAAGCUCUCCGUGAUGAACAGAAACUGGAUGCCUUUUGGACUGGGAUCGCGUACAUGCAUUGGCAAGAACGUGUCUAUCCUGGAAAUGUCCAAGCUCAUCCCCAGGAUCAUUCGCGAUUUCGAAUUCAAGCUCGAGGGCAAUGCUGCUGCGCCCGGAGGGUCGUGGACGACGCACAAUGCGUGGUUCGUCAAGCCCCGAGGGUUCCACGUCAGUGUGAAGUCGAGAACGGUAGCCAACUAG